AUGCAGCAUCUUUCCUUCCACGGCUCUGCCUGCUCCUGGAGGAGUGGAGCUCUCGUGUUGCUUCUUCUCCUCUCUUUGGAGCAGACUUCAGCAUUCUACACCGUCAAAAUCAAACAAAAAGUGGGCGAGUGCCCCGGGAAGCGGUUGGAAUGCAAAGAUACGGUUCCAAGCUCAUGCAUAACAGACUUCAACUGUGAGGCGUAUCUCAAGUGUUGUUCUUUUGCCUGUGGGAAACUGUGCAUGGAUCCUUAUGAAGAACCCUGCAUGUUGCCCCCAGUCACAGGAGACUGCCGUGACAAUCUGAGCCGCUGGUAUUUUGACUUUGAGAAGCAAUACUGCAGGCCCUUUGUGUACAGCGGCUGUCAUGGGAAUGCCAACAAUUUCCUCAGCAAGAAUGACUGCAAGAACUCCUGCACACAGAUUGUGAAGAAGGGACAAUGCCCAUUCUUCCCUUUCCAAGUACGAAUGGAUUGCCCACCCUCCUGCAAGAAUGACAUGGAUUGCCUGGAGAAGGAAAAGUGCUGUGAGUCCAGGUGUGGCUUUGUUUGCUCCAAGGCCUGGCUAGUUAAAACAGGUUUUUGCCCAAGAAAGCCCAUGAUGUGUAUGAAAAUCGACAAGCCCAAGUGCUUGCAGGACAAUGACUGUCCCCUGGAUGAGAAGUGCUGCUCACGCUGUGGACUGAAGUGCUUGGAUCCCAGACACUGA